ACUGUUUCUCCUUCCCGUUUGUUGCCUCCUACCAAAUGCUUCAAUAAGCUUUCUCCUUGCCACCCACCACCGUCACACACUACCCAUUCCAUUUCGCACGAAUUGGACCGGAAAUCCCAGUCAUUAAAACUUUCACUGCGAUUAAAUCUCCAUACCAUGACCCCACUCACAAGAUUAGGGUAUUGGUCACUAAACUUAGACAAGUUUUGGGAAGAUAAAUUAAGUAAAACAAGCUAAAGAAGAUGGUGCUCUUCAAUGUCGAAAGCGUCAAGAUACUAUGGGAUACAUGGAGCGUCAGAGGACUAAUUAUUCUAAGCCUUGUGCUGCAGUCUUUCUUAAUUCUAUUUGCACCAUUUAGGAAACAAAUGGGGGGAAAUUCUGUUUUUAUGAGUUCACUAUGGGUGGCAUAUUUGCUUGCAGAUUGGGUUGCUACAUUUACUAUUGGACUCAUCUUCCGUGCUGAGAGUAAUGAUAUCAAGGCCCUAUGGGCACCCUUUCUUUUGUUACAUCUUGGUGGACCAGACACCAUUACUUCCUUCUCUCUGGAGGAUAAUGAGUUCUGGAUCAGGCACUUGCUUCAGCUCAUGAUACAGCUUUGUGCCUCUGUCAUUGUUAUCCUUCAGUCAAUCAGACAUAACAAGCUUUUGCUCCCAACUCUCCUGGUGUUCAUUGUAGGCGUAAUCAAAUAUGCAGAGCGGAACAUUGCUUUGUAUCGUGCAAGCUUUGACCAUUAUGGAGAUAAGAAUCCAAAUGUUUCCUUUCUAGAAAAAACUGCAGCUACUGAGUCUGAGAGCGAGAGCCACUAUCUUGGAAUCAUGUUAAGAAGGGAAUUGGGACCUCAUGGCACCCUCAAGAAUCUACUUGUUGGGCCUCUUCUAUCUCCAUUUCGGCGCAACUUUACCAGAAGAGCCUUUCUUAAAAGACAGUCAAGAGACGUCCUCAAUAUAAUGGAGAUUGAGCUAAGCCUCUUGUAUGAAGCUCUUUACACAAAGUUGCCCGUGGUUCAUUGUAAGAUUGGAUAUGUUUUCCGGAUCAUUAGUUUGGGCUGCACCUUCGGAGCCUUGAUGUCAUUCAUGUUAAUUACAAAGCACUACAAGUUGGGGAAAUUCGAUGUCUGGCUAACCAAUAGUUUGUUGAUUUCGGCCAUAGCUUUGGAGUUCAUAUCCAUCGGACUGCUCUUUUUUUCAGAUUUUAAUUUACUGGAUCACUACUAUUGGCAGGGUAAUCGGGAGAUCAAAUUUCUGUGCUGGAAAGUGGAGUUUGAUCAUAUGAGUACUGGAGUCAAGAACCGACGUUGGUGGUCCAAAAAAAUCUACCUGUACAACUUUCUAACCAAUCAUUUUAGUGAUUGUCCAAGUUGGUUGAACAAAUUGGCUAAUUUUCUUUCCAUCAGGAUUAGUAAUUUGAAGGUUCGAACUUUAGAAGAUCAAGAAUGGCGCUUCAUUUUUGAUGAACUGAUAAGGAAGGCUCAAGAAGCAGAGACGGUAGAAGCGGGCAAACGACUUUGUCUACAAAGAGGUGAUGGAAUUCUUGAUGAUGAUGGGAAUCUCAUCUGGAGCAUCAAGGAGUUAGAUUACACAGAAAGCCUUCUAACAUGGCACAUAGCCACUGAAAUCUGCUUCCGAGUAGACCAGAAUACUGCAUCUGACAAUACGAAAUACAAAGCAAUAUCUAAAUUACUCUCUGAUUAUAUGCUCUACCUUCUAGCGAUGCAGCCCGCUCUGAUGGCCAGCGUGUCCAUUGGUUCGAAAGGGGAGUGCAAACGAGCAUAUGACGAGAUGUGCAGACUAGCAUAUAACGAUUUAAAUGCUUUCUUUGUAGGGCGCGAUUUGAAUGUGCAAAGUCUCGCCGAAGCUAUGUUUAACGACGAAGCCCCAACGAGCUACGUCUUGCAAGUUUGUGGUUAUGAAAGAACAUCCCUUAUACGUGGUGCACGUAUGCUUGCCCAUCAGCUGAUGGAUCAGAACAGCGGCUUUUCGUGGGAGUUAAUGAGCAAAGUUUGGGUUGAAUUGAUGUGCUAUGCUGCUAUCAAUUGUAGGCCAAAUGUGCAUGCACAGCAAACAAGUAAAGGUGGGCAGCUCCUCACUUUUGUUUGGUUGUUGAUGAAUCAUUUGGGCCUGGGAACUCAAUUUUCAACUGAACAACUUUCACAGACGGGAGGGACUGAACUGGGGCAAGACCAGCCAUAACAGAAGGAUUGAAUCUUCUGAAGAUAGAUUAAUUCAGGUGUGCCUUAUCUAUUCGCCUUCUUAAAUGUGUACUUAAUAACGCUUUUUAUGUUUUAAAAACAUAUGUAUCUUAUUCCGGUUUUUAUGUGUGUUUUGUGUGUUCAUGAGUUCCAAAAUUUAGUUUCUGUAAUUGUGUGUGUUUUGAGUACUGCUUGGACCCACUUAAUAGUAUUCUUUUUGCAGAUCAAAAAAUGAACAUGUGUAUCUUUG